UCACCAUGGUUUACUUCAAGUAUCACAAUACUCCUGGAGAAGAGACUUUGUCACUCAUGGAAGAUGCUAAUUCGGUCGAUGGAGCGCACUUUCGUUCAUUUCCUCCUGUGAUUGGUCCUUUUGCAAACAUCCAUUCUUCUACGGAGUUCUCGGGCCCGAAAAGCUGGUACAAGGAGAGUCGUGAUGUUAAUGCAUUUGGUGGAAAAACACCUAAUCCUGUCCUUGUCGCUUCACAUCACCGUCCCUGCGAUGAUGCGUGUUCUUUCCAGACAUUAUCUACGCGUUUGUCCCGCAAGGAGACCAAAUGGAGUUCUAGUCCGAAAUUUGGAGUCGAGCCAACAUACAUCCCUCUUUACUGGGAAUGGUUAGAAGAUGUCCUGCACCAUUCCAGACGCACACUCGCUAGCACCCAUAUUCUUGAUGCCGUCUAUGCUUCUAUGUACAUCUACAAAUGUAAUUCUCCUGUCAUGCAGGCUUUUUGUGAAUCCUGGUGUCCUACGACAAAUACCUUGCACACUUCAGUUGGAGAAAUGUCAAUCAGUCUUUGGGAUAUAUACGACCUUGGUGGGCUUCCCGUAACUGGCCUUUUUUAUGACGAGGUCGUCCCUUCUGCCGUUGAAUUGGAAGGCUCCGACGAUGAGCACAGUCUAUACCUCCCUUACAGUUGCAAAUAUUUGUUCAUGGCUUUGCAUUAUCUUUCUGAGAAACACAAGGUGACAACAAUAACGUUCGAGACUUGGUGUGAUUUUUGGUUUCGCGGUGCAUCAAAGUAUUUCUUGGCAUCUGGCAACAAAAAGUCUGUCCUUCCAACACUUAUGAAAGACUUCAGCUCCUUUAAUGGUCCUCGAUCGUGGAGUCAUAAGAUGUACGAAGCCUUUCGCAUCCUACGGAUUCCUGAAGCGCAUCAUCGACAAACAUAUUUGGCUGCCUUUCUCUCAUGUUGGCUUUGUGCCUUUGUUUUGCCGGUGUCAGAUUUGGGUUGCAUCCGUCCUGGAUCUUUCAAACCUGCGUCAUUUCUUGCAAGUGGAAAAGAGACUUCUUUGGCGAUCCCUGUUUUGGCGAGCAUCUACCACGGAUUGAGCAAAAUUUCGAAUUCUCCUACCCCCGGCAAACAUCGCGAGUCCUUCCCUGCACAAUAUGUGUAUGCCUGGACCGCUAAGUAUUUUCGAAGUCAUCACGUCGUCACCUACGAUUUUGUUGGUGCUCCCCUGGUUGGAAUUCAAGGCCUUGACUCUGUCAUAAAGUCUCCAGAUGCUAAAUCGCUAGUUUCUUCGGGUAAGGAUUUCAAUUGGCUUGCUAACUCAAUUUGUGGUAAUUCAGAUGAGAAGCGUGAAGAUGGCAACCAUCAACCAAAGCAAUUCGCAAACUUCUUCAUUAGCAUGCGGUCCUGUUUUCUGACCUUGAGGUUCGACAACAACUACGUGGUUGAGCCAUACAGUCCUCAUCGAUUCGGUCGGCAAUUCGGAUUUCACCAAGAUGUGCCAGGCGAAUUAGUAGUCCAGACACAAAACAUCACCCGAGAGCAUAUGUACUAUCUUUUUCAGUCCAGCAUUCGUCUGCAUACUAGGGCUACUUUUUUGGUCCCUUGCCGCACGUUUAAUGCCCAAUCUCGAGUCACUCCAAGCUUCACAACAUGGUGGAAUUCGGUCGUUUCUUUAAAUGCGGCUUAUGCUUCAAGAACUCCUAGUCUAACAAAUGUCAGGUCUAAGAAGAGAAAGGAGAGAAAGGGCGAUGAUCUUAACACUUCACCAAAAGACAAAGCUGCCAAGACUUCGGCUGCACCUCGCAAAGUUAGAGUCAGAUUGCCUAAAAGUUCCACGAUAUCCUGUCCGCCCAAGGAAACAUCUUCGAAAUGCAGGGACGAGAGUAGAAGACUAGCAAGCAGAGUUGUAAGUAAUGAACCUUCCAAUGACGAAAAUGAACCUUCCGGUGACGAACACGCAGGUGAACCUACAAUUCUGGAUGAUAUUUUCGCUGAAGAUUAUGGCCCUGAGCUAUCGCCUGAAGAGAUAGAGAAUCUUCAAAGCGAUGCGAACAUAGCAGUAGAGCUUACUGCUUGCGAGAAUACAUUUGUCUCCCUUCCUGAACAACAGUUCAUUGAUGAUGUUGUCAUUGAUACUGCGCCAACCACAAGUGUUUCUACUGCUUCGACCGAGUCUCCUUCUUUUAAUGCUCAAGACAUGAUCACUAAGGCGACCAACAGGGCGGACCGAUAUGCUGCAAGCUUGAUGAUUAAUGAAAUAAAGGACAAGUUGAUGAAGACUCCUUUAGCCAAGGUUCAUGAACUAGCGCAGGAGUUUGAACAGGUUUUCUCCUAUGUUCGUGAUAAGAAGAUCGACAUCUCUGCAAUCGAAUCUUUUAUCAAGGGGUAUAUUGGGUGCGGUUCUCAACUCCACCACGUUCGGCUAGGGAAACAGGGAGAUCCCACUCUCAAUGACUUGGAGCAACGAUCUUUGGAGAUAGAGACGAGCGUGCAGACAACUACAAUUGCAGGGAAAGCAGAAGAGGAGCGAAUGCAAGCUCUUCAUAAGGAGAUAGAUCAGAUUCAGCAAGAACAAGCCGAACAUAAAAGGAAGCUCAAUGAUUUAGCAGAACGAGCGGAUAGACUUUUGCCUCUUAUUUCAGAAUCAGAAGAGAAGUUCCAAGGGUACGUCAUACAGAAGAAAGAGCAAGAAAACUCACUCCUCAUCAUGAAGGAGAAUAUUGUUGCUGCGAAAGAGGUGGAGGCAAAGCUAGCGGAAGCUGAGAAACAAUUUGGUGUUGCUCGUGAUGCUUUGCAAGCCUUCAAAUUUGAACCGUAGUUCCGCCUUUCUUGUUACCAUCGUUGCACUUGUUUUCUUUUAAUUCUUUUUUUUUUUUUUUUUUUUUU